AUGUCCGAUUACAUUUUUUACAACUACACACCCUCGCUGGCAGCCGCAAUCAUUUGCAUGCUUCUUUUUAUUGCCAUCACGUUUGGUCACAUAUUUUUUGUUUGGAAGCACAAGACAAUAUUCUUCAUCACCUUCAUUAUCGGUGGUGUAUUUGAAGCCGUUGGAUACGGGGCACGAGCAGUCAACGCCCACGAAGCCCCAGAUUACUCGACAAUGCCAUACGCCUUACAAAGUGUCUUUGUUUUACUCGCUCCUUCCUUGUUUGCGGCAUCGAUCUAUAUGAUCCUUGGUCGGAUCAUACGUCUGCUGGAUGGUGAUUCCAGAUCUCUCAUUCGAGCAACGAGGUUGACCAAGAUAUUUGUACUGGGGGAUGUGCUGGCAUUUUUCAUCCAGAGUGGAGGAGGCGGAAUUAUGUCUAGUGCCAAAUCCGCUAGUAGCUUGAAACUCGGCGAAGAUGUCAUCAUUGUCGGAUUGAUCGUCCAAAUUAUCUUCUUUGGCUUCUUCGUUGUCGUCUCGGUCAUCUUUCACAAGCGGAUGGCGAGCGAUCCCACUUCCGCAGCAAUGGCUACUUCGGUGGACUGGCAUCGGUACAUGCUUGUGCUUUAUUUUGCAAGCGCUUUGAUUAUGACUCGUUGUCUCUACCGAGUCAUCGAGUAUAUCCAAGGAUCGACUGGCUUUCUGCAAAGCCACGAGUACUUCGCGUACAUCUUUGAUGCUGCGCUCAUGCUUUUAGUCACAAUUGUUUUCCUGAUUUUUCACCCAAGUCAAAUCAUUUCUGGAGGACAUCGCAAACUUGACGAUAUGGAGCUCAUAGGUGGAGAUAUGGCAUAG